AUGCCGGGACGGGUUUUACCAACCUUCACGGCCGCCGAGGUCGAGUCGCAUAACAAUGCCAAAUCUUGUUACAUCACAAUUGGGCGCAACGUCUACGAUGUGACCGAGUUUGUGCAGGAUCACCCCGGUGGCGGUGACUUGAUCCUGGAUUACGCAGGCAAGGAUGCCGCAGAGAUCAUGAAAGACGAGAUUUCCCACGAGCACUCAGAGGCCGCCUACGAAAUCCUGACCGAGUACCACAUCGGCUUCCUGGGCCCGAACGGCGCCGCUUCUUCCAAGGCCAAAGCCUCUGGCGUGGAAACGAAUGAUGCAGACUCUGGACCCGUGUACCAAACCACCGGAAUGUCGCGCGAGGAGGACCUCUCAAUCGACACCGAUUACACGCAAGAUUUCAAGACCCAUAAAUUCUUGGAUCUCAGCAAGCCUCUCUUCCCCCAGCUCUGGUACAGCACUUUUUCGAAGGAGUUCUACCUGGAGCAGAUCCACCGACCCCGUCACUAUAAGGGUGGACAGUCAGCUCCACUCUUUGGCAACUUCCUGGAACCUCUCAGCAAGACUGCAUGGUAUGUGGUGCCCAUAAUCUGGCUGCCACCCGUUUUCUACGGAACCGCAGUCGGAACAGCCGGCUUGGGCAAUCCUAUUGCUGCUACUGCAUACUGGUUCGGCGGUGUUUUCCUGUGGUCAUUGAUCGAAUACUUGAUGCACCGCUUUCUAUUCCACAUUGACAAAUGGCUUCCGGAUAACCGAGUCGGUCUGACAUUGCAUUUCUUGCUCCAUGGUAUUCACCACUAUCUCCCUAUGGACAAAUACCGACUGGUCAUGCCACCCACCUUGUUCAUCAUCCUGGCAGCGCCCUUCUGGAAGCUGGCCCAUGCCGUUUUCUUUUACGACUGGUUUGCGGCCGUGCAAGUGUUCUGUGGCGGUGUCUUUGGGUACAUCUGUUAUGACUUGACGCACUACUUCCUCCACCACCGCAAUCUCCCUCUUUACUACAAGGAGCUCAAGAAAUAUCACCUCCAGCAUCACUAUGCAGACUUCGAGAAUGGAUUCGGUGUCACCAGUCGAUUCUGGGACCGCAUUUUCGGCACUGAGCUGGAGACCCCUCCUCCCAAGGGCUCUAAGGCUCAGUAA